AUGGCGACGGCUCCUUCCUUCUGGGCUGCUGGCGGCAGCAAGAUCAAGUCCGCCGAGUCUCCCAACCCGAAGAUCGCAGAGGCGCCGCCCAAGGCCAAACCAGACCCUCAUCAGAAGAAGGGUCUCGUACUGAAGGGCAUGACCAACGGCCAGGCUACCAAUGGCGCAUCGAACGGUCUUUACCCAAAGGCCGCUACUGGCAAGAAGACCAACUGGGCCGACGAGGACGAUGACGAUAACACCUUCAUCGCCGAGUUCAUGAGCCAAGAUCCCAAGAUCGCCACCCUCGAGACCACCGUUGCCCUCAAGGAGGAGCGCGUCAAGGAGUUGGACGCGCUGGUCGAAACUAAGACGCUUCGCAUCGCGGAGCUGGAAGGCGCAGUUCAAGGCAAGGACGCCCACAUUGACUAUCUCGAGAUAGAGAUUCAAAAGAAAGAUGUCGAGAUUGAGAAGCUCAAGCAGGUGAAUGGUGACCAGCUCACUUACAACCAGGAGCUUCUGCGCCUGGCUGGAGAGAAAGACACCCAGAUCAAGAAUCUGAAGGCUGAGCUUGAAGAGAAGGUUUCGGCAAUUGAUAACCUCGAGCAAGCAAAGAAGGCUGCAACCAUUAGCAGCCUCGAGCAGGAGUCGGCCGCACUCGUCCCCGUUCCCACAAACGACGAGGUGACCACCGAGGAUGCACCCAAGGACGGAGUCUUAGAGAGCACAAAGUCUAAUGGCCCCGACAUCAUUACCGAGACGAAGACGAAUGCUGAGAAGACCGCAUCUGUGGCUUCAGACUCAGAUAGCUUCGAGAUCAUCGAUCCUCCCAUGACUGAGGAGGUCAAGAACGAAAAGCCUGCGAUCGUCGUAACUGAGCAGUCCAAGGAAACCGGAACGGCGAAGAACACCAGCGGCCCAUCGCUCGUCACAUCCUCAUUCCCCAAUUUUGUGACGAAGGAGACCCUGAAGGUCGUUCCUCCGGCUCCAAAGCCCAAGACCCUGACCUUUGGCAUUGACAUGUCCAAGUACGGGAAGAAGCCGGCCCCGUCUGCUGCUGCAAAGACCCCACCCACAUCGUCGCCCGCUGCCGAACUGAACGGCCAUACCACACCCUGGGGCCACUCGUCUAGGCAGGCGCGUGACAAGACCGGUGCUAUGCCGGAACUCAACCCUUCGGCUGACAUUCGUCACAUGCCACACGGGCAGCGCGUCGUCUUCGGUAACGGCCCUGAAGUCAUCGUCAAGCUUGGAGAGGUGAAGCUGGCUAGUAUUCCUAAGUACGUCCUGAUGCAGUGCUCAGGCAAGGCUCACAGGUACUUUACCGCGAAUCCUGACGCGACUUCUUGGGUUCUGCCCGCCGGUUCGAUGGACGCUGAUGCUGCGACCGCACAUCUGAAGUGGAUGGACGAGAUGACCUAUCAGAGCAGGGUCUACUCUGUCCGCCUCCAGACUGAGACGGUAUAUGACAAGAAGAACUUGCAUAUCUGCCGCGCUGCCCGCGUUCUUGGUUUGAAUAACACCUACGUGGCGCAGUUUACCAAGCAGUUCUGCGACCGCAUCCGUGCUCAGGAUGUGUCCUUCGAGUUCAUGGACCUUCUUUGCCAGUUGGCGUACCCUGAAAACGACCCGGUCUUUGACUGCAUGGUCCACAACCUUGUCAAUCAGAAGAAGGUUGGAAACGCCAAGGGCGCAGCCGAUUUGGAGAAGCUGAUGGCCAAGCAUCAGUCCCUGAAGGAGAAUGUAGAGAAGAUUGAGAAGCGCAUCGGAGGUCGACCACGCAAGACCUGGAACUCGCCCGAGGGUAGUGCUCGUGGUGGAAGCAACGACCGCAGCGGCAGCAAAGGUGGAAACCGUGGCAAGUCAGCACCGCGCAACCCGCCUAUCGCACCAGCGCCUGGAAACAAGCCCGUUACUCCGGCGCCUGGUGACGCGUUGUUCACCACUCUCCACUAG